GCGCGCGCGUGCGCGGUGCUGCAGUCUGUGGGUUGGCUGGUUAUUUUGCAAGCGGGAGGGGCCGUGCGCGCUCCUGCCUCUGGCCUGUGUCCCCCACCCCCUUCCCUGGUCCCGGUCUCUCCUUCGGAAACAUGUCGGACACUGCUGUCGCUGACACUCGGCGCCUUAACUCGAAGCCACAGGACCUGACCGACGCUUAUGGGCCGCCAAGUAACUUCCUGGAGAUCGACAUCUUUAAUCCACAGACGGUGGGCGUGGGCCGCGCGCGCUUCACCACCUAUGAGGUUCGCAUGCGGACAAACCUACCUAUCUUCAAGCUGAAGGAGUCCUGUGUACGGCGGCGCUACAGUGACUUUGAAUGGCUAAAAAAUGAGCUGGAACGAGAUAGUAAGAUUGUAGUACCACCACUGCCUGGGAAAGCCUUAAAGCGGCAGCUCCCUUUUCGAGGAGAUGAAGGGAUCUUUGAAGAGUCCUUCAUUGAAGAAAGGAGGCAGGGCCUCGAGCAGUUUAUUAACAAAAUUGCGGGGCACCCACUGGCUCAGAACGAACGCUGCCUACAUAUGUUCCUGCAGGAGGAGGCAAUUGACAGGAACUACGUCCCAGGGAAGGUGCGCCAGUAGGAGCCCCUUUCACCACUUGCCCUCUACUUCCCUGCUGAAAUGACAUUGGUUUUUACACUAA